AUGGAGGCGGAGAGUAAAGAAACACUUCACGUUCUACGUGCGCUCGAGCUGAGAAUAAAGCUUGCGACACUCCCGGAACGCCAUGGGCUAGUGUCGUCUGCUAAAGAUGCAGUCGCAGAAGAAGAGAGGAUGAACAAGGCCGUGUGGGCCAACGUGACGUUGACGGCCGCGUCUUCAGCCGCUGCACCAGCCCCAUGCGGUACGGCGGCCGAGGCAGGUCUUCUACUGGCCGUGGCCGCCCUAGGCAUUGGGGCAAACACUCUACUCAUGGCCAUGGUGGCCGUCAGACGCCGCGGCUGGGCUCAAGGGCUACUCUUCCAUCAGGGCCUCAUAGACUGCACGCGCGCCGUCCUGCUCCUACCUUUAGGGGCUGCCCCACUCCUCCUGUGCCCACCUCGCCUUCCUAGUUGGUCCCCUCGCUGCUCCUUGCUAGAAGCUGCAUUUCUGCUCCUGGCCACCGUGUCCACUGUGAAUCAGCUCACGUGGCUUCUAAGCGACGGAGCUCCUUCGGCCCCUGCUUGCCUAGCAUUCGCAAUCUUCCUCGUUUGGUUUUCUUCUACCACCAUACAGUUGGGCCCCACUUUCCUGGCGGGAGCCACAGCGGCUCUCCUCUGCCCGCCAAGGCAAAAUGUGCUUCCCCCACGGACCCUAGCCCCUGUCAGGCACCACGUGCUGGGAGCCCUCUGGGUCGGAGUCAACUCUCUCUGCUUGCUUUUGGCUGCGCUGCACCUGCGUAAGAUGCACAAGGACUUGUGCAGGUCAAAGCUCGAGACAGCCCGCGUCGCUUCGCUCGUCACUGCCAUGAUGCUCUCGUCUGCCGCAGACACAGACCAUGUCCAGAGCUAUGUGGAGCAGCGCGAGCAGAGGGGCUUGCGGCGGUUGCACAUGUUCUGGGUACUGUUGGCGGCCUACCUCGUCUUCUGGGGACCCUUAUACUGCGUCGCCCUGGUCCGCCCAAACACCCUCCUCCCCCAGCAGGUGGCGUUGCACGUCGCGUUCCUGCACGCGGCCGUCAACCCCGCCCUUGUGCUCGUGCUGGACACGGACCUCCGGCCACCCAGACGCAGCACGGUCGUUAGCUGCGUGGCUCACGAUACGCCGAGAGCGCCCAUGUUCACACGCCUAGAGACGGCCCUCUGAUGGGAACCCGAGACUUCAGCAAUCAAGACAAUCAUUCAAGCAUCAAGGCUACAUAUGGCAAACCCCGAACCCUAAUACAAUAGAACCACAUUGAGGCGCUAGCCAGUAAAUGCAAGUUUUUCAUGCUCGCGAGUGUUAAAACGAGCUUUGUGACCAAGAGCUUAAUAUCCUGAACUUCUAAUAUAUUAUUACACUACAAUGCGGUCGUGGCUUAGUGAUUGAGAAAACGCAAUGCGCAAGGUAAAACAGGGGAACACCACGUAUCUCAUGCAUUUACUAGCCAACCGUAUACGGACAACUUUAUUUUUUGCCGUACAGUACACUUCCGUUAAUCCAACUGUGACGGGAACGCCAAAUUGGAUAGAGUUAUCUGGAGGUCAUGUUCAAGAAUAGGCGGAAGAAUGAACGAGGUCAAUGUCAUUUCUGUUAGCAAAAAUAGUCUGUGGUCGUCUGCUGUCGAAUGCGCUUGACACACGCGUCUGAAAACAUGCCACGCAGAGCAUCGACGUGGUGGAACGUCUUUUCGGCGCUGUCUACUAUAGAGCUCCAGGGCGCUGAGUUUGGCUUCAACGUCGGCUGCACUUGGUCUCUCGCACUGCAUGCCCUCGGCGAAAUCGUCUUCAGUUUCGCUUCCGCAAACUCUCGCGGGGGGGCGGACGUUGCUCACAAUAUAGGCAUCCCAACGUGGUCCCUACACAUAAACGUUGUAGUCCACUUCGAAGAAGUGGAACCUAACAUCGAACAUCACAUGGCCAAGGGCACGUUGUGUAUCGGCCUCUUCUUGCGCCCACAGAUUCCGAACAGAAGGCGAAAGUCAGAUGAAACACGACGCAAAAAACGGAAAAAACAAAAACGAGAAAGAUGUUUCCUCCUCGCCCAGUGCUGGCACAGUGCCAGCGUGCAGCUGGCCGGUCUAACCACCGUAUUCUCGCUCCGCCCUGAGGGAUCCCUCUAGCUUCGAGGGGCCCCCUCAGUAGCCUUGGCAAUGCAUUUGGGCACACGCUCGCUGCUCGUGCUGCCACCACUGCCAGGGCUAUCGAAACCAACAAGGUCAGGGCUGAGCGCGAGAACACGGCGGCAAAACGCCAGUCUAAAAUUCCGGAACCCCCACCAUUAUCGGUAUGGAUAUUAACGGUACUGUUCCGUCGCCGUCUGCCACUGGAGCGUUAGGGCGAACUUUUCUGUCGCUAUGUGCGGUGCAAGGUGGGUGAUGCGGAUGCCCGGUUCGCGGACGUAUUGGUUGAAUACGACGUGGUCUACUUUCACGCUCGAAAUAACGAGCUUCUUUAUAAAUAGAAACAUCUGGGCAUUUGACGAGACCUUCAAAUUCAAUCGAAUUAAGCAAAAAAAAAUUUAUUGGCAGUUGUAUUAACGGAAGCCUACUGUCUAAGGUGUUUUUUUUUUUUUAAGAAUUGAAAGUUUACCAGACAAAAUAUUUUCACAAUUUACAAUGGGGUUCUAUCGUAUCCUGUACGACGCAUUUACCGAGAGCCUGCGGCACGGAAUACCUCUUCAUGCACGAUGUAACAGUUUUUUGUACGUGUACCAACGUCCAAAAAGAUUUACGGUUAUGUUGAUGGUA